AUGUCUCUGAUGGUUUUGACGUUCUCCGUCGGCCACGGCCGGCAGCAACCCGCCGCGGAGGACCAAGGCCGCUACGCUGAUGCGCUGCGUCUUGGGGCGUGGGGUCUGCCCCGCGCGUACACCGCCGCGAAACUCCUUUCGCUAUUAUCCGUUAAAUUGAAAUACGUGUCUCCUAAUAUCACCGUCUCGAGCAUGUCAAUCGAGCGAGGCAGCAGUUAUUGCCGUGGCCCCAUAUGGCACCUUGACCCCGUGCGGCGACCCAAGUGCGUCGGGCUCAACGGAAACGAGUAG